GCUUUUUUCUUUUUGAGAAGAGCACAAGCUGACGAGAGGAGAAAGCGACUCGAGCACGGCAGAGACCAAGAGAAGAGAUGCUGGGGAAGAAGGCGCUGGAAGGCAUCGCUUCCUACAAGUACAAGGCGGGAACGUACACGUAUCUGGACAAUGUGCUCAACCACUUCUGGACGUACUCCGUGCAGUUCCUGCCCAUCUGGAUGGCGCCCAACCUCGUGACGAUGAUCGGUACGGGCGCCAUGAUGUUCACUACAGUGGUGCAGCUCUACUACUCGCCCCACUUCUCUGAGACCUGCCCCGCUUGGGUCUACAUCCUCUCGGCGCUGGGACUCUUUUUCUACCAGACCAUGGACGCGCUAGACGGCAAGCAGGCGCGUCGCACUGGCGCUUCGUCCCCGCUGGGUCAGCUCUUUGACCACGGCUGCGACGCUGUCUGCACGGUCUUCAACGUGCUGAGCGCCGCUGCCACGUGCCAGGCUGGCGUCGGUCUCCGUCCGUACAUUGCGCUGUCGUCCGUGUCCAUUGCCUUCUACUUGGCGCAAUGGGAGGAAUACCACACAGGCGUCAUGAGCUGCGGCAACGGCUUCUUCGGCGUCACGGAGGGACAGCUCACGUUGGUUGCAGUUCACCUGGUAGCGGCCUUCUUCGGCGCAGGCUUCUGGACGGCAGAGGUUCCUAUCCCAACGCCGUUCCCUGUGACCAUGACGGACGUUCUCAUUGGUGCACUGGUGGCGAGUAACGUUUUGUUGGCGUACGGUAACAUCUCGAACGUGCUGCGGGCGGCCCCAGACGCCAUUCCACGCGACGAGCUGGGCAACAAGCACAUCUCCAAGCAUCUGGCACUCAUCCAGCUGAUUCCUAUUGGCAUUCUACUGGUGCUAGGGUCGCUCUGGAUCUGUGGCCCUGACGCGGACAACUAUGCGAACUACCCGGUGUUGUUCCUGUUCCCGAUUGGCAUCGGCUAUGUCUUCUUCUCGACGCGAAUGAUCGUGAGUCACAUGUGCAAGAUCCCAUUCACUCCGCAGCUUCGUGUCAUUAUUCCUUUCGGCUUCGUCAUCUUCAACGCCUACGGACCUGCUGUGGGGAUCCUCUCCAAGCCGCUGAUCCCUACUAUUGUGGCGUCGUCGUUGUAUGUGGUCUUCAUCGUGGUGGUGUACUUGCACUUCGUCUCUGGUGUGGUGAAGGAUAUUUGCGACUUCCUCGACAUUUUCCUUUUCAAGCUCAAACCGGCCGCGACGGAAUCGGAGAAAGCCAAGUAGAGCAACAUGGAUACAUCACACCUCAAGUCAACUUGUAAGCUGACAAGCGCGGCUUCAAUUCUGCAAGGCGGUCUUGGAUUGAAUCCACCAAAAAGAACAAUAGAAUGGAGAACAAAACAAACAGAAGCACGUAGUUAGAAUCACUGCAGCCGCUACUCUUUGGUGUCUAGAAAUCCCAAUUCCAGUCGUCUGCUUUUGCGUUGGCAGUGGAAUCCAAUUUCAUCGCCCCCAAAGGUUCAUGCUUCGUCUUCGCCUUUGCUUGAGCUUCUGCGCGACGUUCGCUCGCUGUUUUCCUCUGCGUAGACAACCCACUAGACGACCCUGGUGCACUAGCGAUGGAUGUCCUCGUGGACGUAUUCAAUCCACUACCACCCCCACUAAGAGCGUUCGCCUUUGGCGCUGACACAUCAAAAUCCAGGUCAUCGCCGCCCCAGUUAUCAUCUCCCCAUGCACUAUCGUUAUUCAUCGCGAAAGAAGAGGACAUCGACGUCGUAUUCGUUGUCAAGGACGGUACUCCAGCGCCCACAUUGCGCGAAACACUUAGUUUGACCGACGAAGACGACGAUGACAACGACGCUGAUAGUGACGAUGCUGCUGGGGACGUGAAUGAAGACGAAGGCCCUCGGUUCACCGACAACGACGUACCAGAACCUGAACUGGUUCGCUUCGGACUAUCCAGGCCGUCCAAGUCGUCGUCAUUCCCCCAACCGUCCUCAGCGAAAUCAUCGACUGGGAACGCGUUGAAGCUGUUGUGCUUGGACGACGGCGCGGAUGAGGAGCUAAAUCCAUUGGUCUGGUUCUUGUUGCUAGAGAAGGAGGACGAACGUGACGAUGGAGCGGCAGCGGUUGAUCCUAGAGUCGAAAGUGAGGACGAUGACCCGCCAGAGCCGACCAGCUUAUUAACGUUCGAAGCAACAGCCGAGGAGGCCCAUGCUGUCAAAGAAGAAGCAUAUCCGCCCGAGCUGUGACCACCAUUUGAGGGUGGCGGGGUGACCCCAGUCCCGACAUUACCCACAUGGUCACCCUCGCCCGAGACGCGCUUCAAUUCACGUUCCUUGGCUUCCAACUCUUCCCGAAUCUUCAUCUGGGCAGCUUCAUCCAUGACCGUCUUCAUGAAAAUAUCAAUCGACGUUUUGGCUUGCUCUCGGACAGAAAUCGACACGUCCAAAAGAAGAGGUGAGAUCGCUGGGACAAUGCUGCCAGCCAUUCCUUGCGGUGUAAAGUACUCCUGCAUAAUAGUCGUAGUUCACGUUAGCAUGAGACCUACCGGUCCCGUAUUUAAGCAGUCACUUACUUGGCACGCAGUCAUCGAGCGAAGUCCAGCAAGACGCGCAUGAGGGAAGGGAUCUCUCAACGCUCUCGCGAAAGCUGGAAAUAACACCUUCGGUCUUGUUGCAUCAUUGAGUUUGCUGGCAAUCUUUCCCAGACAAAUCGUAGUGUUUGUUCGGAUAGCUGGCUCCGGAUCAGACUGCAACAACAAAUCCAUUAGCCAGGUAAGUAUAGAAAAACUCAAGAUCAGCCUACAACUUCAUGCACCCCAACGCACCUGCAGCUUUGCAAAGUAUUUCAUGACACGAUUGUUGAGGUUGCUGUCUGACAGCUUGUCGGCGA